AUGUCGACGGCACAGACUACUGCCUCUCCACGCGCUCCUCGGGGCAAGCCGCAGAGCCCAGCUCCGGCACCGCACACCAACCAGGGCCGACAGUCGCAACGGAAACCGCGAGGCAACCGCGCACACAAUGGCUACAACCAGAAUCACCACAAUGGAGCAGGGGCCUCCCCGAGCAAGAUGCCCGCUGAACUUGCCCACGCGGAAGGCGCGGCCUACUCGGGUGAGGACGCGCAGCUACCCUCGGGACCGCGCAACAUGAGAAAGCCCAACCAGUCUCACCCGUCCAUCGACCGCGUCUUCUCUCCUCCAGAAUCAGAGCCCGUUCCGAUCAACCCGUCUGCUACUCCGGCCAAGGUCCAGGCUGCCUACGCUGGACCUACUUUUCAUGCCUCUCCUGCGCCUUCUGCUCUGCCUAUACCCAAGUUUCUUUCUCGUUCUGUGCCGGCCAAGACGCGUGCUGGUCCUCCAACACCUCCGCCCGAAGAUAGUUCUGAUUCUGCUUCUCCAAGUCCUUCUGCUUCUCCUUCUCGUGCCCCGGUGGCCGUUCCCCCUCGUGAUGAACAGUCCCCAUUGGAUCUGCUUUUCAAGGCCGAUGCAGCGGAGAGAGCCAAAGGCAACCAUGGACGCCCAUUAUCGUACGGAGCUUUCAACCCAGUGGAUGCAGCCAGACCGCAGCACUUCAAGCAUGAUUCUUACCAUUCCAUGAACGGCGUUUUCCCCAUAGAGCUUGAUGGUGAAAGCAAGCACGCGCACAUGUCUCCUCCCCCUGUAGCAUCACCAGCCUCGCACCGCUCCGUUACAGAUCCCAACCAGGUCCCACAAUUAAAGGACAUGCAACAGCAGGGUAACGGCAAUGACGUUAUGCAAGACCUAUUCAAUCGGCUUUCAAUGUCGCAGAAAAAACCUUCUGCAACACCGCCUCGUCCAGAUGCUCAAGGACCGCAAGGCUUUUCAGGCCAAACACCGUCACCUUUCCAUGGAGGCCAGCAUCCUGCCCAAAAUGCAUCAGGGCCCACCACACCGCAGACACAGCCACCCAACCAAGACUCUGACUUUUUCUAUGGCAACCGAAACCUCUCCCCAUUAUUCAAAGCAGCGAAGGGCGAUUCAGCAAAGAAACGCAACUCUGGUCUUCGCACUGAGAUCUCAGCUGAGUCUCCUAUGGUUGGACAAGGCGAUUUCCAGGGUUUUCCUUCUGUUCCUCCGGCUCAAAUGAUGGAUCCUAACGCUUUCUCUCGAAUCCAACCAGGAAACGGCAACGGAGGCCACCCGAAUGCGCCUCGUUCAUCAGCACCUUUUGUGCAACACUAUCAGCAGAGCCCCAACAACCGCAAGAGGACCCCGGCUCGACAGCCACACCAACCUCGCCCAGAUUCCAAUCAGACGAGAGGCAACAUGCCUGGACCCGGCAAAACUGCCGCCAACGGCCCUCCAGCGUCUGCCGCGAAGCCUCUUACAAGCAUGAUGUCCUUUGUCCCUUCCUCGGUCGCAGCCAAACAACGCAAGACAUCAGCACCUGCCGCUACCGCUUCACCAAUGAAAACCUCUACCCCUUCCGAUACGUUGUCCUUGGAGCAGGAUCUUAAACGCCUGCUUAAUCUCAAUCCGGCUGGCGAGUCCAGCGUCAGGUAG